AUGGCCACGUACUUGCAAACUGCUUGCAUUUAUUGCAAGAGCAAGAAGAAAUUGGUCCAAUGUCAGUGUGAUGGAAAGAGCCCUUGUUCGGUUUGCAUCAGCAAUAAAAAGAGCUGCCUGUACAGUGCGGGUAUAGAUAGGAGGCGGAGAAAGUACCACACCGACUAUGUUGCUUAUCUCGAGACAAAGACAGAGGCGCUUGAGAAGUUCAUCAGAGGCUUUGUUAGCGACGAUGAGGCCCUGAGGCGAAAUGCAGAGGAUGUCUUCAGCUCGAUAUCGUUCGAGGACAUGGGCAAAUCAGCGCCUGUUUCUAAUACUGCCGAACUCAACAGCAAACAGGAAAUUGAUGACUUUAAUGAGUUGUUGUACCAUGCGCAGAAUCUGACCUUGGACUCUGACGAAGUGCAGAGCGACUCUGAAGAAACUGGCGAGAUCCCUCUGGGCAUGAACGGGCUGGAUCUCUACUUUACCGACUCCGAUUUCCGAGAGCAUUUGACGUGUUGUUUUGAAGAAAACUUGUGCUCAGUUGCAUAUGUCAUUCGGCUGACCUUGGGCGAGCUACGCCAGUGGAAGUUCUCCGCUGAUAGACCAUCACAGCAGUUGUUAAUGUGUGCUGUUUUUGCCCUGGGUGCUCUGUACUCGGACCACCCAAUGGCCAGUACGGCUAGGAACGUUUUCAUUGCAGAGGCUGAAGAUCUAGCUAUUGGAACUUCCAGGUAUUGUCUAGACAAGUACCUGUUACAGGGUCUGUUUCUGUUGUCAUGCUACGAGCUGGGAAUGGGCAACGAUUCGAUAUCCUAUCUGUUUGACUCUAUGGCAAGUUCGCUUACCCAGCAUAUGGGGUAUCAUAUUUCCUAUGAUGAGAACUCCAGCGCUGCAAAGUUUGCGCCUACUAGUACGCCCUUCAAAUCUGCUCUGCUGUGGUCGGUGUGCUCUCAAGAUAGAAUCAUCACCACAACUCUCUCUGUUCCUUCGUGUAUUCACUUCAAGAGGAUCAUAUCUCCGUUUUACAACAUUAGUUCACUACCCGAUGAUCCUGAUUACGCUCUUGAGGUGUCGUUUUCAUUCUCCUCCCGUCUUUGGUAUAUUUUGGAUAGGUUCAUGGACCAGAUAUGUGCCGUACAAGGAGACGUUGGUGAUACUCAAGCGAGAAGCACGCUUCUCGCAACAGGGACCAAAGCUCUAUUGAACUUGAAAAACUCCUUGCCUGCAAAUCUGCGGAAUCCUCUAUCUACAACUGAUCCUAACUGCCAAGUCUUUCACAUUAACUACUACGUCUGUGUCAUUUUGAUGCAAAGACUGUUCUUGAGGGAACUUCCAGCCGAAGCCAGCAACGCCUGUAUUAGUGCAGCGGUAUCUGCAUCGGAGUUGAUCAGGAACUUGUCUUUCGAGUUGGACAAGUCGCCCUACUUUUUCAGUUAUCUCGUUAGUUGUGUUGCGAUGAUCCAUUUGGUUCUCCUGAUAGAAAAGCAACACCGAGGACCAACCCUCUCCAGCAGUUCUUCUGACCAUUACACGGACCUGGUCACCUGCGUUAAUGCCCUGGGAGAAAUCGGUAAGACUUGGAAGAGAGCUCAGAAGGAUCUCAAGUCUCUGCUGUCAUUCGCUGAGUCAAAUGAUUUUUACUGCGAAGAGUUGAGCAAUCUGUGCCAUCCAACUUCCAAGACACAUGAAAAAUUUACAGAGAUCCCCACAGGAACAGAUGCUGCUUUUGAGCAGGCCUUCCAUGCUUAUCCGAACAUACCUCUCUACCAGCCCUACGUCCACAACGAUUAUACCCAGCCCAACAACCUUGCCUCAUACUCACAAAAUCCUGGAGAGUUUGCUCCCCAAUUCACUUCCGCACCUGUCUAUAAUUCUGACCAGCAUUCGAUGUACCCACCAUUCAAUGCCGUCCCCCAGUUCAACUCUCCAAACAUACAUUUUCCUGACGGUAGAGCUGGACCUAACAAUGAAUAG